UUAGGAGACCAUCAUACUUUAGAAGUACUUGCUUUCCCAGAGAGUCCUUCAAGAGAGAUUUCAUCAUCCGAACUCAAAGUUCCAUGUAUUUUCUGUGAUAGAGAAUUCCCAGACACUGCUGGGAAGAAUGAUGCAGUUUUGCAUCAUCUUCUGGUAGAACACCAACUUGUCAUCAGUGAUGUAGCACAAGUCUGUGACAUGAGAAGGUGUCUAGUUCGUCUCAACUUAGUAUGAUAACAUAUGAGAAUACAUAUACAUAUAUUUUUUAUUUCUACACGAACAUACAACGACAUGGUGAAACCUAUUGAUAUUAUUUAUGUUCGUAAUCUUAUUUACAUUCCAUUAUUUAUGAACAGACAUCUUACCUAUACAGUAUUUUCUUGAAUAAGGGUCCUUUCAAAUUUUGGCUGGAAGGAGGGUGCGUAAAUGGGGGGAACACUUUUAAAGUUUUCCGCUCAGUAAAGUGUAGCUCUAUUUUGGCUAAAUCUUUAAUCUUUAAAUGACCAAGUGGGUGGGCACUUAUUCAGGGGAGGGCGCUUAUUAGAGCAUUGGUACUUACUCAAGGAAAUAGGGUAAGGCCCGGUUCAGAUGCCAAACUUUUCAUGAGCCAAACCUAAUUCGAAUUAAGGCCAACCCAAACUAUUUAGACCGCCUCAACUAAUUCAGACGCCGUUCUUAAUUCCAGCCGAACUAAAUUCAAAAGGAGAAAAAUGCUCAUUUUGGUGAAACUGCUUGCAAAAUACAAUAUUAUAAUUUAUGCAUCAGGUUUGGUAUUUGAAAAGUUCGGCGUCUGGAUCAAAGCCAUUCCAAAGCCUUUCCAUAGUUGUGGAGAACGCCUGAGCCAUUCCAAAUUGAAAUAGAUGUUCCUAAUAUUGAUUCAGAUGCGGAACUUUUCAUGUACUUAAUUUGAUCUAUUAGGUUCAGCUCAUGAAAAGAUCGGUGUCUGAAAAGGGCCCAACUUGUUCCAGGCAUUCAGAUGGCAGGAAGCAGCCAGCAGAAAAGAGAAGAGAAGAGAAGAGAAAAAAAUGAAAAUGAGGGAAAGGAAGAGGGAGGAGAGGGAGGAUAUGCCUUUCCCUUGUAGCUAUCCUGAGUUCGCUCUCCGUUUUUCCUUGCUUUUCUUCAUGCCACUCCUCACUAUCAUAACACCUGGAACUGGUUUUCUUCCCUAUGGUUAUAUAUUUGCUAUCCAUUUCUAAAUAUUUUGAUAAUGGUUAAGUUGCAGAAAUUCAAAUAACAUUGUGGUCUAAAUUAUUUGUUUUUCAUUUUCAUAGAUAUUCAUGUUACUGGAGAAAACGAUUUAAGGAAAAACCCAUCACAGAAUUUUGUGCCGUCAUCAACAUCAACUCUAAACCGGAUGGUUAGUUUCCUGCCCUUGAAACAUGAUCUUUUUUGUAUGAUCUGCAUGCCUCCUUGAGUAGGGGGUCAUGAGUUAGAAACUUUUCAUCCAGUCUUGAACUUUAACUUGGAUCCUUUGAUGUUAAGUUUCAAAGUCCCACUUUCGUCAGCCUCCUUGCAUCAUGGAUUUUUGAACUUGUUGCCUGAAGUUUCUCAUAAUCUUUUAAGCAAAGUCUUGGCUUCUUAGUAAGAGUCUACCAAAAUUUCAAGACUCAAAGCAAAAUUUGAGACAAAAUCAAAUAUUGUGAUGGGAUCAUUUGAACUUCAUCAGGUUGUAUAUAACAGAAAGGUUGCUAUGUAAUCCCAGCUGAAGGAUUGUAAAUGGCUGCUCAUCUCUCUUCAGAGAUGCUUUUCUUUGUUUGAUAGCAAUGGCCUACUUGAGCUGGUGUUUGAUUGUUUUAUUUUCGUUGAAUAGUACCUUUUUUUAGUCCCUAGAAAGGCUUACAAGUAUCUUAGUGAGGUCAUUUUUCAGAGUGUCAAGGGCUUAACCUUUUCUUACUUGAUUUCAUAUAUGUAACAGACAUUGGUCCCAAGAUCCAGUAUUUCCUCUUGUGUGACUCUCUUCCAGAAGAAAAGUCGCUGAGAGAAGAUUUACAACGUCAAAGACUAGUAAGCACUACACAGUGGAUAUUUCUCUUUGAAAUACUUUGGCUAGCAAGGGGAAAGUUCAGACCCUUUAAGUGACAGGUCAACGUCCUUGGGCAUACUUGACAAUUAUGAGCAGUAGGCAUGUUUUUUUGGUCUGGUCUUGUUGCACCAUUCAUGAGUGGCCAAUCACGUUAGUGGCAUUAAAAAAAUUUAAUUUAUGCAUCAUUACUUAUACUUGUCUGUGGAGUCAUGGGUGGCCGAGCAGUUAAGACCUCGAACUCUGGAUCUGGAGGUGCAGGGUCCAAGCCUCGCCCAUCACGUUGUCUACUUAGACAAGGAACUUUACUCAACUCUGUCUCUCUUCACCCAGGUGUAUAAAUGGGUACCAGCGACAUACUGCUGGGGGGAGGGGGGGUAACCCUGCGAGGGACUAGCAAUGUAAUUCAAUAUUUAUCCAGGGGCAUCCAAUUUAGCAGAGCUAGUUUAGAUCGAGCCCUGAGCCCCCAGCCAGGGGGGGUGUAGCAAUACUGCUACACUGUAGGCAUGCUUCAUGCUAAGGAAACUGGUAUAGGCUCCGGCUGUUUUGGCCUUUGGCUUGUGUGUCCUUUACCUUUUACUAAAUUUAUCUUAUACUUGUCAAAUUAUUUGAUUUUCACUGCCUAUAUUGAUCUGCCAAAUGCCAAACUUGUAGGUACAUGUCAUUUUUGAGCAAUCUUAAAGCCCUCAUGACUGGAUAUUGGCCAAUUUUUCUGUGUGUGCCAAUGAGAAUGUAGGAUUAACAUACAUGUAUUGUUAAUGUUAUUUAAAUAGGAGGAUGUUUUGGAAUGCCAGCAACGAGAGAGAUCAGAUACACACUUCUCAAGAACAUGUCUUUUCUGUAAACAACAUUUUGAAGGCAACAGGUUUAUUGUUGUUCAUUUUAAUUUACUUAAAUAGUAUUUCGAGCUAAAGUGCUUAAUUUUAGAAUAAUUUUAUUUUUGAAACAAUUCAGUGCCAAUUUUGUUCAUUGUUAAAAUAAAGUUACUCCAACAUAUAUCUAUGAGACAAUAUUAUUUCUCUUUCCUUGGCCAGAACAUCAUUGUUCUCACAUAUGACUUCCGAUCAUGGAUUUAAUGUAGGACUUCCAGAUAACCUUGGUAAGCAACUAAAAACACAUAUGAGGCAAAACAUGUUUGUUCUUAUGCCCCGAUAAUUUUUAUGAAGAAAAGGAUCACACCCUCAACUGAGUCAACUUUAGCAAGUGUUGAUAUUAGGAAAAAAUAAAACCCCUUUGCCCAAGCCAACAGUGUUUUUGCAUGCUCUGAUUUUCUCACCUUGACCCCCUUGAUGUGGCUGGGUGAGCCAAAGUGCUUAUAUGGAGAUGAGGAGGGCAACUCUACCAUAACUAAAGGGUGACCCAGCUAAGCAGGUCACCAUACUAGCUGAGCCUACUUUUUUAUUAUUUUUAAUAAAUCAAAUGUGUCCAGAUCAAAGCUUGGAACUCUUGAAGACUUAGAUUUAUUUUUGUGUUCCUUCUUAGUGAAUGUCAAUGAGUUCCUUGAUGUUUUGGAGCAGAAACUAACCAGGUAAUAAACACAGCCAUAUCCUAACAAAAAGAAAUAAUAAUACAAUACUAUACAGCAGUGCUACUAACUGCAUCUUUGUAUGUUAUUGUACUUUAAUAUUUUUGUGUCAUAGUGGUAAAAUUGAAAGGCUUAUAUUCUCCUAACUUAAUCCCUUCUGCCCUUAAAAUAAAAGUAAAGAAUGAAGUCGCAGUAUCUUUAUGUUUCAGUUUACAUUGCUUGUUCUGCGAGAAGUUAUUUAAAGACAGAACAUCACUCAAAGAUCAUAUGAGGAAGAAGCAGCACAAAAAGAUAAACCCUAAGAAUAAGGAAUAUGAUAGAUUUUAUAUUAUUAAUUAUUUGGUAAGUGAAUUUUCUGAAGUCAUUUCAAUAUUAAAUAUUUAACUAAUUGUUAAGUACUGUUUAAAAAAUGAGCAGGACAAGUCAAGAGUUUCUACACCUGAUUAAUUCACGUUUGUGAGUUUUUUGAAUGGCUUCAAAAUCUCUGAUAUAGAUCAACUCAUUCUUGCGACAUAAAGCUCAGCCAAGUCUUUGUCAGAUAUAAAGACACUUGAUCAUUAAACAUUAAUUUCUUUUGUUUUUUCUUUAUGAAUUAUUAAUGACAUUUUGAAGUGCAGUUAGCAUUAUAAUUCUGUUAAACAUAUCGUGUGAGGUAUGUGAACUAUUCUAGCAGCAAGCAUUUAUACAAGUGUAAAACAAGGCAAUAUAGGUGAUGAUUGUGGACAUAGUACCUGCCAGAGUUUCAGCAGUUGCCAGGUCUUACUGAAAGGUCUUCAGCUGCUAUAAAUAAAUGUUGUUUGCAAUUAACAGGAGCUAGGAAAAACGUGGGAAGACAUUCAGAAUGAGAAUGAAGUGGAAGAGAAUGAACUCAGAACAGAUGGCAGUGCAGAUGAAGAGUAAGAAAAUAAGGCAUAGGUGUAUAAUAUAAAUUUGAUUGUGAAAGGUUUGAACCCAAGAGUCAUUUCAAAAGUAGGUUGAGUUUAAUUGUCCUGGUGAAUGUAGUCCUGAAUAGGACUGUUGUUGUUGACAGUGACUGAUGUUUCGACAACCUGUGCGGUAGUCAUCUUCAGGGUCAAAGUGAGUUGUAUCACUUCAGUUGAUGGUAUUAUACUCUGGUUAUUGAUCUGAUUGGUCAAUUACGUCGCGAUGUUAUUGGUCGUCUGUCGGUUAAGUUAAGUUAAUAUAAGUUAAGAUGACUACUGCACAGGUUAUAUUUUAUUAUUCAUGGAAAAUAUCUCCCCACACUUCUAAAUGACUCUAACCGCCCAGGCUAAUUAUUUGUAACCAGCCGGCACUUACCAUAUUAAUUUGGAAGAUGCAGUUGAUUCUCUGGUAUAUUGCUAGCAGCCUCGUUUCUAGGCAAUAACCACUUCAGUUGUGCAGAGCUUUGAAGUGCAGUAGCCUAGCUGUUUAUGCCCGAGUCAACUGAAGAAAAUGGAAUUCUUGGCUAUUGACCUGCAUAAUUAUUCACAUUAUACCUAGCCUCAAUUUGCCAUAUACAACAAUAGAAUUCUAAAUUGUAAAUUAUACAAAAUAUUGCCAACAAAGAAAGAGAAUUAUUUACUUGUUACAAAUUGAAAUAUAAAAUAGAGUGAUUCACUCCUAUUUUGUUUUAUGUAAACAGUGAUUGGAGUGACUGGAAGGGCGAUUUGCCGCCCUCUGUUUGUCUAUUUUGUGAAGCAUCAUUUCCUGUCACUGGUGAAGUUCUUCAACAUAUGAGGGUAAAUCUCUGGAGUGCUUGAAAAUGACUAUCUUUUUGUCAAAGUUUGUUCAUUUUAAUACUGAAUACAUGUGCAUUUUGAUUGGUUGUUUCCUGUGAUCUAUCAGAGUACGAGCUAUUAAAUGGCUGAUGUCACAGAGAAUUUUUCUUGUCUUGUCGGGCGUUCACUUUUGAAAAUGUGUGCGAGGUUAUUUCAGUUUGAGCAAGUAAUGGCCUCCAAACGUAAAGCUAAAAAAACUAAGCUGAAAUAAUGUUGCCUCAAGGAUUCAUAAACAUACCUAAAUAAAUUAGAACAAAUCCUCAAACUAUUUAGUGCUUCAAGGCUAUAGUUGUUAGUGUUUCUUUGUUAUACUGUGUGUCUGUUUAGUUACGGUUGCCUUCUUUACGAUCUUGGUGACCUCCAUUAUCUAUAAAGAAACAAAUAGACUCGCAGUGAAGUUGGAGCUAUUUGUUAAGUUGUUAUUUUAAUUUCCAUUCCACUUCAUAUUUAGACUUUGGUUGUCAAUUCAUUUUGUCUUAUCUUGAAUAUAAUUAAGAUAAUUUUUGUCUUGUGUCCUUACAGGAUAAGCAUUCUUUUGAUUUCCUGACCAUCAAGCGAUCACUUGGUAUGUUCCUUUAAUUACCUCAGUAUUUGUCACUUUGCAAGUAAAGUCUUCUUUUCCAGCUAGAGUUGACGGACCUUUAGUGUACGCUGGAAAACACAAAAGAAUUCAUAAUCUUGCCAACAUUUGUUGUUAAGACCUAUCAUCUUAGGGCCCAGCUAAACUGCGAAUGAUUCUUUGGGAAAAAAAUUUGUGUCCGGGUAUAAUGGAGAGAGCUAUUUCAUAAUUACUCCAACUUUUAUUUCUGCCUUUUAUCACUGGUUAAAAAAUCUCGCUGCAGGCGUAGAAUCCCAAUAAGUUGUGCCCUUUUGCGCGUAUUUUCCUGCGUUUGGCAAGCGCUCAGUACUUGUUGUGCGUAUUUGUUUCGAGUUGUGACUGGUUCGUUUGACAUUCUUUGCGAAUUGUGAUUGGCUAGCGUGGUUUCUUUGUUUCGGUUUAUAACAACAGUUUUGUUUAAUUGUGCACCAGGAAGAAAAAUCUUAAGUUAGUAAAACUGUAAAAAUGUUUGCUGUGUUUUUUGUUUACUCAUUGACAGGGCUGGACUUUUACCACCAAGUAAAAGUUGUUAAUUACAUCAGACGACAGGUAAAGUGGGCUAGCCGUGCUUGACAAAAACCAAAGAAGUAGGAAAUAAUAUGUACAGUUUAAGUUCGCUAGAGACAUUUAUGCCAUUUUACGUUGCACUAGAAAGCGGCAUAGUCGUAGGAGGAAAUUAGAUUGAUAUCUGAUAGCACUGAGAGUCAAACGACGCGACGAUAACGAGAACGUUAAAAAACAAAAACAAAAACAAUAGGUUUAAUUAGCAAACAACUCUGCACGUGCAUCUCACCUUUUUUGUACAUUUCUUUGCCGUUUUUGCACGACUUCAACGUGAAAAUGCCUAAUUUCGCGUUGUGUGGAGAACGUAAACAAGCCACGACGAAAUUUUAUUUGUCUUCCUGAACUUGGAUAUGGUCCCAUGGAAUUCAACUCCAGGAGAGUUCGCUUACAUUUGACAAAGUAAGUGGGUAGGAAUAGUCGCGAUAAAGACUUCUCGUUGUCGUCGCCUCGUUGAAUCUUAAAUUUCCUAAUAUACCAUACUCGUUCUUGAAAAACAAAAAAGUGAAACACUCCGUUCGUUUUAUCCGAGAUAGAUGUACAAGAAAAACUGUGUGAAGUGCCACGAGAACUUUCCUUCAGGAAUGGCCGUCUUGGAACAUAUGACGAAGGAACAACACUUCACCUUACCAGAAGACAAAACUGUGUGGGAUCAGCCUCAGUGA